GCAAAUGUUUUUGUUUCUUCUCAGUGUCUCUAGUUUACACAAAAACCCCAAAACCUCUCUCACAACGCUUAUCUGCUCAACAACACUCUUCACCUAUCCACUUCUCAUCUCUUCGUUAUCCCCUCUCUCUAAUGGCUAACGAAGAACUCACUGAGUCACAGCAACAAGAAGACCCAAGUCAACAAUUACCCAAUGCAGAUGAAGAAAAGGGCUCAGACUCCGACUCAAACUCAGACUCAGACGCAUCAUCCCAAUCCUCCGGCGACGAUUUCUACAUCUCCGAGUCAGAAAAUGAAGCAGAAGGAGACAACACAAUCUUCAACUACGUAAGACCAAGUGACAUACCUCCUGACCCAAACGCAAACCCAGAAACCAACAUUCGCCGAUUCAAUCGAGUCCUCGAUGGCAAACGAGUGAAGCGUAUGCAAGAAGAAGAAGAAGAUAAAUACACUUUCUAUGAAGAUCUUUUCGAUUUCCCUAGAGACCCAGAACGUUGGAAGGAGCAAGAUUUAAGAGAGAUUUGGGCUGAUGGUCCAUUGGAGAUGACGAAACCUGGUUGGGAUCCUGCUUGGGCUGAUGAAGAUGAUUGGGAUGUUGUUAACGAUGAGAUUCAAGAAGGUCGAGAUCCUGGGAUUCAACCUUUUUAUGUUCCGUAUAGGAAACCUUAUCCAGCUAUUCCAGAUAAUCAUUAUGAUAUUGAGAAUGCUAAAGGUGUUGUUGAAGAGCUUGAUAGGAUUGAAGAGUUUCUUCAGUGGGUCAGCUAUAUUUUUCCUGAUGGAAGCUCGUAAUGCCUCACAUUUCCCUUUUUUCUUCUCUUUGGUUUUGGUGUCUUGUUUCUGUGAGUUUGGUGUUUGCAAGUUGUGAUUUUUAGGUUUUGGGUUUACAGGCUUUGGUGUUUUGUUACCGUGAGAUGCUUUCUAAAUCUAGUGACUUUCUUAGUUUGUUGUGUUCUAUAAGCUGCAGAUUGAAUUUUCCAUGAAGUUUGGGUUGAAACUUUGUAUUCUAAAUAGAGUUUGAAUUAUGGAAAUGAAGGAAAUGGCAAUGCAGGUACGAAGGCACAGUUUGGGAUGACUUGGCUCAAGGCAAAGGUGUUUAUAUUGCUGAAAAUGGGCUUGUGAGGUAUGAGGGUGAAUGGCUUCAGAAUGACAUGGAAGGUCAUGGGGUUAUCGACGUUGAUAUUCCUGACAUUGAGCCCAUACCAGGUUCCAAGCUUGAAGCUAAGAUGCGUGCGGAAGGAAGGAUUAUCAAGAGAGAUUACAUGACUCCAGAAGACAGAAAGUGGUUGGAAAUGGAUGUCGAGGAUAGUGUUGCACUUACUGAUGGGAAUUUUCAAGUUCCUUUCUAUGAAAACGAAGAAUGGGUCACACAGUUUGGCGAGAAACCGGAGAAAGGUCGGUAUCGCUAUGCUGGUCAAUGGAAGCACAGUCGAAUGCAUGGGUGUGGUGUCUAUGAAGUUAACGAACGCAUCCUAUAUGGUAGAUUCUACUUUGGGGAGCUAUUGGAGGAGGAGCAUGGCUGUACCGUAGAUAUUUGUGCGCUGCAUUCUGGUUUGGCGGAGGUGGCUGCAGCUAAGGCUCGAAUGUUUGUAAACAAACCCGACGGAAUGAUUAGGGAAGAGAGGGGACCAUAUGGUGAUCCUCAACAUCCGUAUUUUUAUGAAGAAGAUGAUGUGUGGAUGGCGCCUGGUUUUAUUAACCAAUUUUAUGAAGUACCUGAGUAUUGGGAAACCUACGUAGGCGAGGUGGAUCAAGAGAGGGAAAUGUGGUUGAACUCUUUUUACAAAGCUCCUUUGAGGUUACCAAUGCCUGCUGAGCUCGAACAUUGGUGGGAAAAUGUGGAGGUGACACCGGAGUUUGUUUUACUGAACAAAGAACCUGAACCUGAUCCAAAUGAUCCUUCAAAACUUGUCCAGAAGGAGGACCCUGUUAUUUUACAUACACCAACAGGUCGAAUAAUCAACUAUGUAGAGGAUGAAAAGCAUGGCAUUCGACUAUUUUGGCAGCCUCCUCUGGAGGAAGGAGAAGAAGUGGAUCCUUCAAAAGUUGAGUUUCUGCCACUUGGGUUCGACGAGUUCUAUGGGAAAGAAGUGGUAGUGAAAAAGGAACACCCAAUAAAAAGCUUUGUACUUGGAAUCGAGAAAUCGGUGAAGCCGAUGCUUGACGGAUUAGAGAAAUGGACAGAAGAGAAAAAGAAAGCAUAUGAGGAGAGAAAGGAGAUGAUACAGCAAGAACUUGAGUUAGUAGAGGCUGAGAUUUGCUUAGAGGAAGCUAUAGAAGAUAUGGAUGAAGAAUUGAAGAAGAAAGAACAAGAAGAGGAAAAGAAAACUGAAAUGGGUUUAACUGAAGAGGAUGAAGAUGUUUUGGUCCCGGUUUAUAAAGAAGAGAAAGUUGUCACUGCCAAAGAGAAGAUACAAGAGAAUAAACAAGAAGAGAAAUACAAAGAUGAUGAUGAUGAGGAUGAUGACGAUGGUGAUGAUGAUGACGAUGAUGAUGAUGAUGAUGAUCUUGGGCCAUCAAGUUUUGGAUCUGCAGACAAGGGAAGGAGGAAUUCUCCUUUUUCUUCAUCCUCAUUGUCUUUUGCUUCGUGUACCCUCUUUCCUGCGGUACAAUCAAGACUAGAAAGCUCAUUUCUAGCAUGGAAGCAACAUCGAGCAGAACCAUCAAAAGUGAACACAGGAAUCAUCAAAGGUGCUGAUACCGCAUCAGCUUCAAUCCAUUUUCCUCCAUUGUCGAGUAACAAUGCUAGAUUGAAGAUGGGAAAGGUAGCAAACCGAGGUUGUGUCCAGAGAAGCUAUGGAAGCUCAAGAUCUCAGUCUCAGUUAAUGUCUCUAUCACGACUACUUUCUUGCAACGCAUCAUCAUCUUCUUCUCCUCCCGAUAGCAGCUCCAGUGAAUACCUCAAAGACUCCGGCCUCUGGGAAACACCGGUUGGGGACAUGAGCGUGGUUUUGUCGCUGCAAAUUCAGACAAAAUGUUCUGAUUUGUUUGCUGAGACUCCUGCUGUGUCUUGAGUCUCUCUUCUUCUGUAGCAUUUAGCUCGAGUUCUUAUGCACUUCAAGGCUUCUUUUUUUGGUGGACAAGAUCAUUUGAAUUUUUGUUGUAUUAUCUAAUAAAUAUUUUACCGAAACUAUUUAAACGAAAAAACUGAAGAUUUAUUUCUGUUUUAUUUUUCAUAAUCAUAUGAUUUAGAGAAUGAGAAUCGAAUAAUCUCAGAAUAUUUAAGUUAA